GCUCCUCCUAGACGACGAGGAGUUCAGUCUCGAGGGCGCUCCACCUCGCUUCCUUGAACCCACAUCUAUCCCUGCGGCUACUAGAUCCUCUCGGAAGAGGCAUUCGGAGUCGGAAUCGAGGUAAUAACGAAUGGAAUUUGUUAGUGGAGCAGGAGAACUCCGGGGUAACCAGGGCAUGGGCGAGGAAGAGAACGUAAUAGCCGUAGAACCCAUUACCAUGAUUGUACCACCGGAACUGCAAGACGUGCCGGAAACCCCUACGGCGGAGAGCAGUGCUAGUUCAGGCGCGCAUGAGGAUUCCGGUGUUAACCCCUCUCCGUCAUCUGAAGGGUCGUCAUCAGAAAACACUGCUAGUGCAAGCAGCCCCUCGCCGGAUAGUAUGGAAGUCGCCGUAACUGUACCCCCGGUUGCAGGCUGGGAAAACAAAACCAUAGGUGGUAGGUUAAGCAACCUCCGUAAGGCGCCGAAUACGUUGACGGCCGGAUUCCGGUUUCGGGCGAACCUGCAUCAUGAGGUAGCAGAUUGUUCUACCUCCAUUAAAGGGUACAAGAGACUGGAGGAAGUGGUGAGACAAUACCACGUUCCUAGGACAGUUUUGUUACGAACAGGGACCAAAAAUGAAAGGGCUUGCAGUGUGUCAGCAACAGGGUGGAUACCUGUAUAUGUGGACCAUUUCGACGCUGGCCUGAGGUUUCCUUUAUCCGGGCUGAUUUUUGACAUUCUGUUAGAGUACGAGCUGGCGCUCACACAGUUGACUCCCAACAGUAUAAAAUUCAUCGUAGGGUUUAUGUUGCUGUGUGCACGACUGGAAAUACCUGCGAAAGCUAUUGUUUUCAGGAAUAAGGUGUCUCGUUGGAAGAGACAGUUUAUCUUUGUCCGGGAUGCGCGAGUAGAGAGGGUUAGCACCGAUCUGGCAGCUCGUCUAUCUGAGUGGCGCCUAGGGCAUGCGUACAUGAAUUACCCCACAUUAACCCCGGGCGACCUGGAGCUUAGGGAUAGGAUCACUAAUUAUGUGCAGGGAUGGGGGUUAGUUGAUUUGGAAGCCCUGGUUACCCCUGAGGUGCUCACUUUACGUGGGUUUGUGGAUAUCCCAAACCUGUUUGGUGAAGCAUGCUUGAGAGACAACGGGAGCGAGCUCAGCGCUCUCGUGGUAGGGGAACUGGGUCUAGCGCGAGGAGGCAAACGCGCUUUGACGAGCUACCGCCUGCGGCACCUCGCAGCUCGGCGCAGAGGGAACAGGGUUCCAGCUCGGUCUCGCGAGCACAGACUUAGCGCAGGGUUGGAUUCCGGGAGACAACCUGGCGUGGUGCGUUCACCUGAGGCGCCCGUGGUCCAGCCACGCAGCGCGGCUGAGGCACUUCCACCACCAGUAGCUAGCGGUGGGCCCAGGAUUGCAUACCCUGACGGUUUUAGCUACACCAAACCUGACUGUCAGCUCGCUAUGGUCCAGGGUAUGCAGAAUUUCGUCCCGCCUGUGGACCAUCACCGUGCUAAAGGCUACAUUCAGCAGCACGGGACUCACGCUGCCAUGCUGAAAAUGAUGGAUGCUCUAAGCUAUUCUGUAGCCCUAUUCGAGAGUGAGCAGGCAGCUCGAAUACAGAAUAGGGAGCUGGGUGACACUUGCAAGCGGCUGUCCUCAGACAAGGCGAGCUUGGAGGACGAGGUGAACCAUUUGCAAAGCUCAGAGAUGGCCAACAGGGCUGCAUCAGCAGAGAGCCGGGCUGACGAGCUGGCCAACAAGGUCAUCCAGCUGCAGGAGGAGCUGGAUAAGGUGAAAGCUGAGAAGGAGAGUGGGAUUCAAGCGGCCAUGGAUGAGGUCGUUCGUGCAGUGGAUCUCAGGAAGAAAGUAGAGGUUGAGAGAGAUGGCGCGCUGAACGACCUCAACGCCCUAAGAGGGCGGGUUGCUGUGGCCGACCAGGAUCUUGCCCGCGCAGAGGAAUCCCUGAGGCAGGACAAGGCUCAGCACCAGCGCUGUAUUAGCAUCGCGCGAGCUCAAGGCGCGGAAUGGCUGGUUGGUGCUAACAUGUUCCAGGACGCCGUAGCUGUGGCAUCCAUGAACACCACGACUGAGAUUUACAAUGACGUUCGUGGUAAGGUGUUGAAGCACCGGCCGGACUUCCCAAUCAACGAGCUCGCGUUUUUUGAUGGUGAAGAGUUCGAUGCGGAAGGGAAGAGCCUUGUUGAACCUUCUGACACGACGGUGAGGCUCCGCUGGGAGCUGAACCAGGAGGGAUUGCCAAUAUGGCCACCAUCUGUCCUUGAGGAUGGAGAGGAGUAUGAGAGUCUGCCGAGGUUCGACACCUGGGUUGGUGAUGCUCCUGUGGAAGAAGCUGAACCUUCAAGUACUCCUCCUGCUCUUCAGCCCACCCCUGCUGCCAUCUCAAUCCCAGCUCGUGCUGACGCGUCCGCUCCCGUAGACUUAACGGACGAUUAGACUUAGGCUUUUUCUAUUUCUUAUACUUGUGUAUUUUCAAUAUUUCUUUGUUGGUAACACAUUUUGUAGUUUCAUGGACACCUCAUGUAAUGAAUUUGCAAAGAAUAUAAUUGAAAUGAAUUU